AUGUCCCAAUCCCACUCCCAGCACACACGAAAACGGUCUACCAUGCCCAUCAACACAACACCUACAACACCCCCUUCCCUAUUCCUCGACCACGAAAAUGAAGUCAUGUACCACACAACCACUACCACCAACGCCACCAACACCUCCACCUCCAACAUCAAACACGCCACUCUCCCCACCCUAACCACCCACCUCACCCACCCCUCCCUCUCCAGCAGCUCCCUCGACCCCCUCUUCACCGAAACCUUCCUCCUAACCUACCCAACCUUCACCACCGCCCACGAACUGUCCGACCUUCUCAUCCAGCAUCUACACCUCACCCCACCACCUACUCUCUCAGGAGGAGAAUUGCACCGCUGGACCGAACAAAUCCAAACCCCGAUUCGCGUUCGCACGAUCAAUGUCCUCAUCCUCUGGAUUGAGAAGUAUUGGAUGGAGGAGGGCGAAUGUAGUCUGGAUCUUCUUCGAUAUAUUCAUACUGAGCUGAGGGGGCUUGUUGAAUAUGUACCGACAGCGACAACGUUAUUGACGAUAAUCGAGGAGCGGAUCAAAGGAACCGGACCGGGGAGACUGAGUACGCCGCCUACCACCGCUACGAUAUCGACAUCGACAUCGAAGAAUCGGAAAAAGAUCAAAUUACUAGACCUGGACGAGAUGGAAUUCGCGAGACAACUUACGCUUCUGGAAUCUGGUCUAUAUGCGGGCAUACGGCCGGGGGAAUGUUUAGAUAAAGCCUGGCAGAGAAAGAGUGCUGCUCGACGGGGGAGUACAGCUACGGGAAGCAGUGCAAAUACCAGCACCAAUACUAGCACAGACAGAGACGAAAGCGGAAUCAAGGCCAUCAUCAACCACUCGAACCACCUCUCCCGAUGGAUCGUGGAGAUGAUAUUAGGGCAAAAGGAAAUGAGGAAGCGCGUCGCGGUGGUGAAGUUCUUUAUUGGGGUCGCGGAUAAAUGUAAGAUACUGCAGAACUACGCCACCACCACAACCAUCAUCUCCGCACUCGGUACAACGCCGAUUUACCGUCUUCAGCGGACGUGGAGUCAUUUACCCCCUCGUUACCGGACCUUACUGGCAGAUAUGCAAUCUCUGAUGUCAAGUGAGAGGAACUUUGCCAAGUAUCGGGAUACAUUACGGGGGGCGAGUUUACCUUGUAUACCUUUUCUCGGUGUAUACCUAACAGACCUAACCUUCCUCACCGACGGAAUGCCCGACUUCGCUCCUAUGGGGCCAACACCAAAUCAUAACCAUAACCAUACCCCAGACUCUGUGCCAGAUCCACUCCCACCCCCAGCCCCAGCCGAACAGACAACGAGUACACAAACAAAACUGAUAAACUUCCACAAACGAAGCAAACUUGCCAACGUCAUACGCGAGAUCCGACGAUUCCAGCAUACACACUAUACUUUUGUUCCGGUGGGUGAGGUACAGGAAUUGAUUGUUCGGGGGGUACAGUCUGUGAAGAGGAGUAUUGUGAAGGAGGGGGGUGAGGAUGGGGAUGGGGAUGGGGAGAGGAUGUAUGAGUGGAGUUUGAAGGUUGAGC